UUGUCUCAAAGUUCCUUUGUGCUCCGAAGAUUGAACUCCAGAUCACCUCCUUGCAAGACAUCCCUCCUUUUCCUUGAUCAGAUUUGCAGAGAAGAAAGAGGCCUCUCUUUGCUAGGCUAUCAUCUGUGCAACUAUAGCCUGACCAGAAACGUUUUUAAAAUGGUUGCCUACCAAACGUCCUUUGAGAAAAACACUUCCUGUGGUGGAUGGAUACCAUGGAUGGUAUGUCCCCGAAUGUACUACAAAACACAGUAUCAUACAGUUGAAGUCCCUGAGACCAUCAACUUUACAUACUGCUGUAAAGGAUAUGAGCAAGUUGGGCUCUACUGCUCUCUAGCGCUCAACAGGUCCAGUGUAUUUGCCUCAAGACCUGGUAUUUGUCCAAUGGAGAAUAUGGAAACAUCUGAUUAUUCUUGCACGUUCGAUGCUGAAUGUCCAGGGCUGAAAAAAUGCUGCAGCUCAUCCAAGGGAGCAGUCUGUGUGAAUCCAAAGCCGGAGGAAAGGAUGUUCUGGUACAACGUGACAGUCCUGGUGAAAAUGGAUUUUAAUGAAUUAAUUAGAGUGGAUUCCCACCUUCUGAAUCAUUCACGUCUUUUGCAUUCCAUGAUUACUGGUGCAUUACAGCCCUUGAAUACCUCUGUGCACCAUAUCCAGAGUAACUAUGCAGAAAUGUAUGCUGGGACAGUGGCCUCUCAAGUUCUGAUUGGACUGCAUCAACCAGCUCCACUAGCAGAGGUUUCUUCUUCCUUGAAGAACAUGGUUAAGCGCGUAUAUGAAGUGAUUGACACAGAUGUGAAAGAUGUUGAUGAAUGUUCCUAUGCAGAAUUCAAUGCUUGCCCUGAGCAAAAUUCCUGUGUAAAUAUGGAGGGUUAUUACAGCUGCAGCCCUGAGCACCAAGAAGCAUAUGUCAGCCCUCUCCAGCUGAGCACAAGAAAAGAUGGCAUGGCAGCAUCCACUCCAAGCUCAGAGUUGGAUCCCAUUAACAUCAGCAGUAGCUCUCCAUCUAUACGUAAUUCAAGUCUCUUGCCCACGACUAACCAAUCUACUGAUGCUGGAUGCUAUCCCUCUGCAAUUACAAACCAUCGAAUCUUCAGUGUUACCAGCAACAGCUUUGAAAUGUCCUGGCAUGUCGCAUCUACUCUAAACCAUACUUUCCAAGUCCAAGUGUUCAGGGACAAGGAGAUUGUAAAAAACAUGAAAACAGAUGAAGUGAAAAUGAGUGUAUCUGGACUGGAAGCAGGUGUGAUGUAUUCAAUAGAGAUCAGCUACAGAAGUUGUGGAAAAUCCAUCCUCUCCCAUCAAAAUGUUAAAACAGAGGCUAAGAUAUUUGGUGCUACUGUGAGGAUUCUCAACUACAACUUCACCGAAGAUCUCCAUGAUCCCAGCAGCUCAGCAUAUGAAGAAUUUUCAAGGCUGCUGCUUACAGAGAUUGGGAAUUCCUUUCCACCCAACAUUUCUGCUUUAUACGAAUCUGGGAAACUGAAAGUGCAGAUUGAAUCCCUGCGAGCUGGGAGCGUCAUUGUGAGACUCAGAAUUGCAGUGCAGGAUCCUGGGUUUCCAGUGAAUGCCUCCUCCUUUGCUCCAAUGCUUUCAUACUUGUACAACGACUCCGUACUUUUGGUGGAUCGGCAGAACUCUACAGUAGAAGACUGGGAUGAAUGUGCUUCUCCCACCGACAAUGACUGCUCCAUGUUUGCACAUUGUAUCAAUCUGAUGGGCUCAUAUCUCUGCAGAUGCAAGACAACCGUGGACACCAAUCCAUCCCGGCCUGGAAGAAACUGUGAGGGUGAGAUCGUGAGCCCUCUGACUGAAAGAACAGCCCUUGAAGUAGCAAGCAGCACACAGCUUGCUCCUGAAGCAAGCUCUGCAGCCUCUGCCUUCCCCACCAUCACUGCAGGCUCUGAGAUGAGCACCAUCACACACCACCUUGCUGUGCUGCCACUGAGUGAGAGGCAAGCACCCCCGCACCAUUCCACCACCAGCACUCCUCCAGCCACUUGGAAUAAAAGCCUGACUCCACACAUGGCCAGAGACAAUAGCCCCACAGCUGUGACUGCAGAGCAGCAGACCACCACGAAUCCAUCACAGCAGAGCUCAUUGGCUGAGUCUUCCCCUUGUACAUCGCAGCAAGUGGCCACUCUCACAAAUGCAUCCACUGGCAUAGACAAGCAAGAGCAACAUAGUUCUCCAUUGCCAAAGUUAUCAAACCAGACAGUCUUCGAUAUCUCUGGAAGUCAUGCAGCUUUUGAAGAGCCUCAAGUCCACUCUCAAGAUGGCCCUGUCACAGCUCUGUCAGCCACAGGAGAUGCAGGAGCUUCCAUUCUCAGUGCCACUCUCAACACACACACACAGACACAAAGAGAGAACAGCUCUUGGGCUGAGAAUCACACCACAGCCAUGGGGUCACCAGCUCUGCCAGGCUUCUCCUUGCCUCCCAGAUCAAUUCCAAGCCCAGCCAUGGACCACACUUUUCAGAAACUUAAUGGAAUGGUGCGGAUAACAAAUGUGAAAUACUCACCAGGCUUUAGCAAUGCAAGCAGUGAGGAAUAUCAGAACUUUGAACAACUCUUUAUUGAUGAGGUACAUAAAUCUCUGCCCCUUGACGUCCUUCAACAGAUGGAUGCUGGUCUGAUUAAAGUGUUAAUAACUGAUAUUACUAAUGGGAGCACUGUGGUAAGUUUCCAUUUACUGAUUGCAGAAGAUGUGGAUAUCUACUACAUCAUCACCACUUUUCGUGAUGCAAUUGAACACAGCUCCUAUUUCACAGUUGACAAGAACAGUCUCUCCAUAAAUGAUUAUGAUGAGUGCAAGAGCGAAGAAGAUGACUGCUCCCCAGAUGCAUCAUGCUAUAACACACUUGGAUUUUACCACUGCAGUUGCAAUGACGGAUUUGCCGAUGUGCAUCCAGAAAGACCUGGAAGAAACUGUGCAGCAUUUCCUAUGAGCCAAGAGGGAACUGUGGUGGACAGGAAGCCUGUACCCAGCCCAGUUUUACCUGUUGCAUCUUUGGAGACUUCAACUUAUAUUUCCUCCAUUGCUUCAUUGAACUUAUCUGCUACUCAAAACAAAGCUUCGGAAGACACCCCAUUCUCCAGUGUGACACUGCCUGUUCUUACCAUGGGUUCUGAAUCAGCCUACAAUGUUCCUCCUCGAGCAUCUCCUGCCCCCCUCAUUAAGCUUGCCCAGGAGGUUUCCAUCAAAGAUGCAGUGACAGUGUUCUGUGAAAUUGAGAAGACCAUUCUUGCCAUCCAAAAGGGAUUUUUACUUCAGGAAUCCAUCCCUGAAUCCUCUCUGUACCUGGGGGAGCCUCUUUGCAACGUGAGCAUCAGCAAUGGCACUCAUGCUGUGCUGCAGGCUGGCUGGAGCGAGUGUGGCACGGAAGUUGAGACCAAUGUGACUAACACCAUAGUGAAAACCAUGCUACGGAAUGAUGAUUCUGCUCAGGGAGUAAUCCACCACUUAAAAGUUGCCAGUCCUAUUCAUUGUGUGUUUCAAAACAAUCUCUUGACUUCCUCUGGAUACACUGCAGAAGGAAUUUACACUGUUUUUGAGGAUUUACAUGGAUCUGGACGCUUCAGAACAGAAAUGCAGUUAUUUAUUGGAAACUCCCCAAUACCAAAAAAUUUCAGUAUCUCUGCCAGUGAUGAUGUCCUGAUUGAAGUGGGGAUUCAGAGAGACGACAGCAAGCUGAAAGUGGUCCUCACUGACUGCUGGGCAACUCCGACCAACAAUUCAGUGGAUCCCCUCUCAUUUGCUUUUAUCAAGAACAGCUGUCCUAUUCCAAAUACAUACACCACGCUUCUAGAGAAUGGAAAUUCAAGCAAAGCACAGUUUAAGAUGAAGAUUUUUUCCUUUGUCAACAACUCUGUAGUUUACCUACACUGCAAAAUUCGUAUCUGCAUGGAGACAUGGGGAAGCACCUGCAGGACAAGAUGCCAUGCAGCUCGAUCCCUGAAAAUCGGUGAAAUCGUCGCUACCCACAGAACAUCCUGGGGUCCUCUGUGUAAAUCUGCUGCAUCUGAUUCAAAGAGAGAGAAGGAGCCUGGUGUGGGAGUUGGAUAUAUCAUCCUCAUUGUUAUUGCUGUAUUUGGCUUUGUGGUGGCAGUUGUGAGCCUUGUCAUUUUCCACUGCAAGCGAAAGAUGGGAAGAUACAACUUCAGAAUCAAGUCUGACAAUUUCAGCUACCAAGUGUUCUAUGAUUAAUGACUUCCACAUUACCAGAUUUGGACUGUGCCUCAUCACAGAGUAUACAGGCUUUCAUUACGCUUCAUGAUGGUAACCACCAAUGAUUCCAACACUGGCUCUUAACAUCACAAGUAAAAGACUUCCAUAUCCCUUGUUUUGUUUUGGUAGCAAUUUGGCUUUUUCCUAAUGUUCAAAGAGCUAUUUGUGUCUGCAGCUCCAAGUUGAAGUCAACUUCUUCAGCAGUUUUACAUGGAAAAAAGUAAAGAGAAAAAGGAAAGACUUCAUGGUUCUCUGUUCAUGUUUCGAGACUGGGUUGUCCCACUGUGCCACACUGCAGUUUUCCCCUCUUAGCAUAAUUUGUACCAUUACACAAGUUACACGUUUCUCUACAUAUUUCAGGAAGUAAAUCAGGAAAACGUUAGAGCAUUAGAGAUUUCAUUUUCGUUUUGUUAUUCACUGUAUACUUAAGGUGAGGUUGAAACCUUGAGAUGCAGCAACGCUGAAGACCUAACUGUGCUACGCCUUAAGUAUACAGAAGCUGGAGAACAAGUGCUUGAUUUAUCACCAAAUAAAGAAAAUGCGCAAUGAGUCUGUGACUCAACCUGCAUGGCGUAUUCUUUGACGUGAGUCUUGAGGUUCGACUGUAAAUUCUUUAAUUGAGAAGGGCUUGGUGAAAAAAUAAAAGAAGUAAGUUUUGCUACUAAUCCAUAAAUUUCCAUACAGUUCCAUUGCUACCUACCUGCUCUGUUUAAUUAGACCAGAGUGAUUUUGCAGUUGAGGUACAGUGUGCUGCCCAGCAAAGUGAGAGCGCUCCAACUGCACACAGUAGGUAUAAAUUUGAUCCAUAUUUUGGCUGCUCUGCAAGACCCUACCAUUACUACAGCAGCAGAGGUUUAGUUUUCGUGCUUCAGUGAAUACCACAACAAUCUGUUCAGCUGGAUAAACUGGAACAAAAACAUUUGUGACACAUGAAGUAGCCCUUGCAUGACUUUUCAGUGAGUAUUUUGGAAGAUGGAGAGUGUGGUAACUCAUCUCUACCACUGCUGGGUUCCAAUUGCUACACACCUCCUGGCCAGUGGUGGAGGCUGUUGGGUUGACACUGCAGUAAUGCAGACAUUUGCACUGAACAAGAUAAUUCCUUAUUAAGUAAAAUGAACACUAUUAUACACAGCUCUCUAGUGGAAAUUGGCCAUUAGUUUGAACUCACAACUACUCACAACUGCUCAUACCAGCCAUAGCAUUUAGGUGCUGGUACAGAAUAGCAUUGAAAUUCUGCUUUUCUAGUCCCUCUAUCCAAAUACUGUUAGGUACUGAGACUGCCGGGUAAAAGAUUUGGCUUGUGCUUUGUGAAAGGUCAGACUGGUUGAUCUUAGAGGUUACACACAGCUUAAAGAUCCAUAAAUUAAUUUUAGGUAUAUGUUAUAUAUUCUGUUUUGAUUCAAGUGGAUCUGUAAGAAGUAAAAAUCUUGGACUUGUCUUUUUGUUGCUGAAAUAUCAGUUUUCAGCUCCUGAUUAAAAAAAAAUCGAUUUGAUUACAAUUCAUUAACGAAACUGCAACUUACCUUUGUGAUUUUAAAGUCUGAUAAACACAAUUGUUAACUUUUUAUGAUGUAGGUGUCUCCUCACUUCCACUGUUUGCUGUCAAAUAUAGGUUUGUUUUCUGUACACAGUGAAAGUUCAACCUAUUUUAUUAAAAAUAUUUUUAUAGUUUGUGGUGUGUACAAUCCUAAGCCUCUUCUUGUGGCAGGGCUAGAGAUCUGCCUAUUGAUUUCAGCAGAGCUAUACCUUUGAUGGAAGCUGAGCAGUUGCUUCUUUUUGAUACCGUGCAGGCCCAGCAGAAACUGAUAUUGUGACUAUCUGAAUAACUGUAUUGUAGUGUCUUAAUAAAAGCACUCUCAUACCCUA